AGAGGAAGGGAGAGAAAAGAUGGCCACUAAUUUCGCUACUCGGUACAAAAAGGAUCUGAGUACCGACAUGCUCAAGACAAAACUUGUACGCCGAAAGUCUUUUCAGAAGGAGAGCAGGCACAAGGAGUUCAAUACAGGGCGGCAGUUUGGACCAAUCAACAUGAAUAUACAAGCAUCAAGAGAGAAGGAACUUUCUCAGCUGGAGGAGACAGGCAAAGCACAUUUAUCCAAGAGGAGUGCUAAGCUGAAUCAGAUUUCAAAUGCUCCAGCUAAGACUCAUGGACAGGAGCACAUGGAAAUGCUCCAAUGUUACAAAGAGGAGAAAGAACUACGGAAGUUAAAAGAGCAGAGAGAGAAGCCUAUAUUUAAAUGUGGGCGCUUCAAGCCAGAGGUCCCUGCCUUCCUUCCAAAAACAUCACAGAUCCCAGUACUGACCAAAUCAAAGGAGAUGGUGGUGAAAAUGGCAAGCAUGGAGGCACCUCCUGUACGAGUAACAAGAUCAAAGGCGAAGAACCAGUUGGAAGAGCCAGUUAAACCACAGCUUUCAAUGAAGGCCCCCAGCCAUGCUAGUAAGGGCUUCAUCUCUCAAAUACCUCAGCAGAAACAGAAGCAGAUCUAUGUAGACAAACUUCCCAGAAAGGAGACCAAAGAGGCUCCGCCAGUUGUCUCCACAACAUCAAAUGGAAGAAUUACAAGAGCAGCAGCUGCUGUUGCAAAGUACAAAAUACCACAGGUUUCGUGGCCAGCUACAGUUACAGGUAAUCUGGCAAAGAAAAAUGAAACAAAUAAGGGAAAACAGCAAAGAGGGGUCAAAAAAGAAGAGGCAACAGCCUUGCAUGGAAUGAAAGAGAAUACUUUCAUGGAACCUGUGAAAAAAGAGAUGAUACCUCAACGUACUGAAGCAACUGCAAAUGAUGAGGAUUCCCUUGAGAAGGAAAAUCUGUCAGUCUUUGACAUCCCAGCUCCUGCACCACCAAGUAAAACACACUCGUUCACCCCUCAGAACUUUGUGUUUAAGCCUCUAGAAGGGUUGACCACCUACAAAGUUAAACCAAUGUUCCCUUCCAGAGCAGAUGUGUUCCUGUCACCCAGUUUUUCUUGGAGUCCCACAAAUAACACUAGUGAGGUCCCUAAAGAAAGUGGAAAAGAAACAGGACCAAAGGACUGUGAUCCAAAAUAUAAGUUCUUUGCUUUUCCUGAAGUGACUGAGGACAUCAUCACUCAGGAAGAUCAGUUGCCACUGGAAUUGCCUACAGUUGAAACAGCAUCUGUUCCUGAGGAGGUGAUGGAAGAUAACAUCCUUAGAUCCGAGACAAAGAGGCUAUCAUCACAGUGUCUUGAAUGGGAGGAAACUGAAAUGAAUAUCCCAGAUGAUGCAAAAGAUCUUGUCCACACAACCAUUGGGAAAACCAGACUGCUGAUUGCUGAAUGAUUCAAACAGUUUGAAGGGCUGGUGGAUAACUGUGAAUUUCAGCGUGGGGAAAAAGAGACAACAUGUACAGAUUUGGAUGGAUUUUGGGAUAUGGUGAACUUCCAGAUAAAAGAUGUAAAUAAAAAAAUUGAGAACCUGAGAAAGCUUCAAGGGAAUGGAUGGCAAAUGGCAGAUGAUGUCCAGGACAAGAGGCCCUGCAAGAAGAAUGGCACUCGCCAGAGGGCAACCAGAGCAGGUAAUGGGGCCGCAGAAAGAGCAGCAGCCCGGAAACGCCUGGCGGCCAUCAAGGCCAUAAUGAAGAACAAGUUAAAGCAGGAGGAGCUGGUGGUGAGACCAAUGAAAGGCGAGAAAGUGGUCUUUGAUGGAGGGUUUUUCCAAAGCGAAUCUCCUGCUAAACCUUUCUCAGACUGGACUCCCAAAUCUGCCAGCAGGAUUCUGAAAUUUGCCAGCAGAACUCCCCAACGGAUUUCAAGGCGAACAACUCCAAGGUCUGCUGCUAAGGCGCUCCUCCAGAGUUGUGCAGAUACAUGUGUUCUAAAGCAUGGCACACCCAUAACAUCCAAAGCCCUUCCUCCUCUGCCAGAUCAAGAUGCUUUGUGUCAAUCCUUGUGAAGAUGAUCUCCUUGGUUCCAUUUCCGAACAAAGUGACAGCCAAGCUACAGAGGAGCCAUGCGUUAUAGUCCAAAGCAUAGUGGAAGAAGCUACUGAUGCACAUUUAGCCAUAUGUGACAAGGGAUCGCCCUUAGAUGAUCAGAA